UCACUGAUUGUGACCGGUUGACAUGUCGCACUCGGUCCUCCAGCAGGCGUUCCAGAACGGACACGGGGUUGAUGAGGAUCCUGAUGAAUACGAGCCCGAGGAUAUUUACCUGCGGGACAGGCGGAGGGCCAAGUCUUUACCGGCCUACCCCGAGCAGGCCAACCUGUUCAGCUGUCUGUCUGCGCGCUGCAGGAAGCGGGUCAAGUUCGCCGACGCGCUCGGCUUGAGUCUGGCCAGUGUGAGGCACUUCAGCAUCACUGAGGACCCCCAGGUUCCCUCCGAGGUGCUGGCGGCGUUGCGCGCUCUCCCGGCCCAGCGCGAGCGCCAGCGCGAACCAUCCAGCGACGUGCGCACGAGUUUCACAGCGCCGGCUUUCGAGAUGCGGCUCGCACCGGAGGUCACGGAGGCGCGCGCGAAUCGCUGCAGGGUCGCUCUGGAGAGGGUCACCGUGUCCGGCUGGGCCGUGAGCGGGAUCAUACGCGCAAACGUCACCGAUAACGGCGAGGAAGAAGUCGGGGUGAGGUACACGUUCAACAGCUGGGCGUCCUACGCAGACGCGCCCGCAGUGCCCGUGUCUGGAACGCGCGCGCGCGACAGUCAGAGGUUCUCCUUCACUGUGCACACGCCUCCUGUCCUCGACCCGGACUCGAGCGUGGCCUUCGCCGUGUACAUGAGGAAUGACCGCGGGGAAUUCUGGGACAAUAACGAUGAGCAGAACUUCUGUGUACGGUGUGGUCGCAUGCUCUGAACCCCAGGAGUGACGUCACCUCACCUCACCUCACCUCACCUGACCUGACCUUUAAAAACCCAAUCAGCUAUUUUCACAGAUGAUGUGUUAGAAUACACCAAUAUGAAAGUAACUGAUUUACAUAUCAGCUUGGGCAUAGUGGAGUGCUUGUCUUGUCACAUGACUGCCAGUCGAGUCACAGCACUCUACAUGACCGUUCAAAAGUUUGGGGUCACCCAGACAAUUUUGUGUUUUCCAUGAAAAGUCACACUUUUAUUUACCACCAUAAGUUGUAAAAUGAAUAGAAAAUAUAGUCAAGACAUUUUUCUGGCCAUUUUGAGCAUUUCAUCGACCCCACAAAUGUGAUGCUCCAGAAACUCAAUCUGCUCAAAGGAAGGUCAGUUUUAUAGCUUCUCUAAAGAGCUCAACUGUUUUCAGCUGUGCUAACAUGAUUGUACAAGGGUUUUCUAAUCAUCCAUUAGCCUUCUGAGGCAAUGAGCAAACACAUUGUACCAUUAGAACACUGGAGUGAUAGUUGCUGGAAAUGGGCCUCUAUACACCUAUGGAGAUAUUGCACCAAAAACCAGACAUUUGCAGCUAGAAUAGUCAUUUACCACAUUAGCAAUGUAUAGAGUGGAUUUCUGAUUAGUUUAAAGUGAUCUUCAUUGAAAAGAACAGUGCUUUUCUUUCAAAAAUAAGGACAUUUCAAAGUGACCCCAAACUUUUGAACGGUAGUGUAUAUUUACUCACCUGUCGAAUCGAAUGCUGCAUUUGACCCAAACUGGUAACUCUGAAUUUCUGACCUCCAGCUAGAUAAAACCAAAGAAAAUCCUUAUUCCUGAUUCCGAAGGUCUUCUCAACAACAAGUGACGUCGAAUCAACAUGGCUGCUCAAACAGAAACGAAGAUGGUUUUGAUCCGUCUGUACCGAAUGAGGUCGAAUUGACAAAGUAUGAUCUAGGGAUGUUGACCUCUGCCGCUGAAGAGAUUCUGCUUCACGGAUCGAUCCGGGAGAAACAGUCACUGAUACAGACACAGCUGACGUUUGGAGAUGUCCUCAUGGACAAAUAUGAGUAUAUAUUCACAUUCAAGAGUGUGUUGUAGCUAUAUGAUUGGAUGAUGAUGAUGAUUUAAUUGACGAAGCUAAGUUAUCUAUCUAUAACUUCAAUGGGUGAUGAAGCAUUACAUCAUGUAGUUUAGACGACAUGACUUUAUGAAAGAAGAGAGAGAUUAUGUACAAUUACAUCACCCGUCAGGGUCAGAGUCUUAUGAAAAGAAGAAAGGCAUUACUGGUCAACAUAACCUUCAUUUAGCAGAGAGCAGAACGUGCGAGCGAAGAUAAAUCUCAAGGAUUUAACGAGCCAAAACAAGUAGCAAUCAGAACAGCCUGUACUAAUUCCAAGCAUACCAAAUCUCUGUCAUGUACUGUAUGUACAAGUCACUAAUUUAGAUCCAUCAGCCUACAGACAUAUUCUCCUGUUUAAUCUACAACACAGACCACACGUUUCACUGUUUUGAGGAUGUAAAUAUACAUCACUCAUUACAUUUAGCUGGCUGGAUUGUUGCGGCGUCAAUUAUUCUUUUCUCACUUUGCAACUCAUAAGUACAGAGGUCGAAAAAUGACAUAAUUCCAAUUCCUGACUUCCCACCUCAGAGUUAAUUAGAAAGCAGGAUAAUUGAUGUCGGAGCUUCACUGUUAAUUGAAUAUAACUGAUUAUUAUACAUACAGGACACUUUAUUGAUGGAAUA